AUGGUGCUGCCCUUCCCGAAUGAGAUAUGGCUGGACAUCUUCCACGGCCUGGCCAAGGAAGGCGAGUACGACGCGCUGGAACGAUGCCGAGUGGUGUGCAGAGAGUUCCGGCCGAUGGCUGAAGAGUGCUUAUUGGGGAACAUGAGCUUCAUAAGUACGGAAGAGGUGGAGCGCAUCCAAGUGCAGGUUCCUGGCGGUGAGAUACGGCGCUGGCGUAGGCCACUCCAAGUGUUCAUCCAUGGCGGGCACUGGGAUGACGGGCGCCAACCGAUUCCACAUCUGGCGAUGUUUGCAUCGAGGUUCGCUGGUAAAUGGCUCUUUGUCGAAAUGCUGGGCAUCUCUCGCGCGGUGUGGCGGUCGCGUGAUCUCGAUGCGGACGCCGUCUUCCGCGACCUGGCUCGCUUCUCGAUCACCUCCCUCAUCCUCUAUGACGUCGUGUUCCCGACGAUUCUGAUGCUUGGCCAGCUGGUGUGCGCCCUCCCGCGCCUCAAACAGCUCAUUCUCUGCGAUGUAGGAUUCACUCGGCCACCUUUCGAUGCUUCCACCAUCUCUCAAUUCCGCCUCCUGCCGCGCACACAGCUGGAGAUACUGUCUUUGGGCAAAACCUCUAAUACUCCUGAGCCCAGUCCGCCCUUCGUCGAACUGGUGUAUCCAUGGAGCGCUGUCCGAACACUGACUCUCUUGGGUGUCGGUUUUCCCUCAGUCACGACCUUUGCUCGCCUCCUUCUUGUCGAUUUCUUCAUUACAACUGGCACUAGUAACAAACUUCGAGACAUCAAGUUUUGUCCGUCACGGUCCCUCCGGGUCAUGACAGAUUCCGACAUCUCCCUCAAUAAGCUCGUUAGACACUCUGGGCAAUCAUUGCAUCAUCUUAGUCUCAGCCUAUGGGGACGUCUCCCUCCCCUAAAUAGUGAAGAUGCGUCGCCACAUUCAGACCAGAGUUUAGUGCAAUUCUACCAUGCUGAAUUCCACGACGUAAAAGUUGGAAUGCUGAUCGAGAAACUCCCACAGCUCGAUGCUAUCCUCUCCCGACCAUUUUUUGAGGAUUUGGCCCACAUCAAUGUCGAUAUAUACACGACCGACGGGCUGGACAUUCAGGAUGAGCAGCGGGCGAACGAGCUUAGGGUGUGCUUGGCGAAGCUUGACGAACGCGGCAUCCUGGGCAUAUUGGUGAAUUCAACCAGUCUGUCCAGCAUCGGACUGCGCUGGGAUUAUAAGACCGAGUCUUGGAAACAUUAUAGAGUCGAGAGGGGCGCUGCACAGGAGAACGUCAAAAAUAGCGCAGUAAUCGGAGUCGACGACGAAAGCUGUACCAAUGACGCCGACAGUCGUGUGAUUGCCUGCAGCGACUCCGGUGCGGUCCUUGCGGCAUUUCAGAUCGGCUCGCCGUCAUCAGCAGAUGCUCAGACGCGUUUCUCGUCGCUUUCCUCAAAUGCGCGAGUAGCUACCGAACUCGCCAGUGAUGGUGGGAUUCCACAGCAGGAUGCAACGGCCGGCUCUGACACAUAUCUGAGCCCCGCAGCGCCAGAGGCGCAAGCUACAGGUGCCGAGUCAUCCGUGGGCGCAGGACAAUCACAAAAAGACUGA